UAUUUCGGAGUUUGGACGCACGUCAACUUUGAUUAGGCUUCGGUCACGUGACGGGAGGUGGCCGGGCCAAUCAGGGCGAGCGGCGAUGCAUAUAAAGCAGGAGCGAAGGGCGAGCGGGGGUACCUGCCGCGAGGAUCGGGCCCCCCGCCGCGCCGCGCCGGAGGUUCCUACAUGCCGGCAGCGAUGAAGGCUGUGAUGUCGCUGGUGGGAAGCCAAGGCACUGUCUCGGCCACUGAGGUCCUUCUCGCGGCUGCCGUCUUCUGCCUGGUCUUCCUGCUGCUCCAGUCCCUCCAGCAGCACGUGCCCAAGGAGCUGAAGAGCCCCCCAGGACCCCGAGGCUACCCCAUCCUCGGCAACGUGCUGGAGCUGAGGAAGGACACGCACCUGGUCCUGACCAGACUGAGCCAGAAGUAUGGGGACGUGAUGGAGGUGAGGAUCGGCACCCGUCCCGUCCUGGUGCUGAGCGGGUUGGACACCAUCAAGCAAGCGCUGGUGAAGCAAGGAGAAGACUUCAUGGGGCGCCCGGACCUCCACAGCUUCCAAUACAUUUCGAACGGCCAGAGCCUGGCCUUCAGCCCCGACUCGGGGGAGGUGUGGAAAGCCCGCAGAAAGCUGGCCCAGAACGCCCUGAAGACCUUCUCCAUCGCCCCCAGCCCCACGUCCUCCUCCACCUGCCUGCUGGAGGAGCACGUCUCCAAGGAGGCUGACUACCUGGUCACCAAGUUCCUGCAGCUGAUGGAUGAGGAGAAGAGCUUUGACCUGAACCGGUACCUGGUGGUUUCUGUGGCCAAUGUCAUCUGUGCCAUCUGCUUUGGCAAGCGUUACGAGCACAACGACCAAGAGCUGCUCAGCUUGGUGAACCUCGGCAAUGAAUUUGGGGAUGUGGCUGCUGCUGGCAACCCUGCAGACUUCAUCCCCAUGCUACGGUAUCUUCCCAGCCGCACCAUGCAUCUCUUCAAGGACAUCAACAGGCGUUUCAGCUUCUUUGUGCAAAAAAUUGUCCAGGAGCAUUACACCAGCUUUGAUAAGGAGCACAUCCGGGACAUCACGGAUUCGCUGAUAGAGCACUGCCAGGAGAAGAGCACAGGGGAGGAUGCCUGUGUCCUGCUCUCCAAUGAGAAGAUCAUCAGCAUUGUCAAUGACCUCUUUGGAGCAGGUUUUGACACUGUGACAACUGGCCUAUCCUGGAGCCUCAUGUAUGUUGCCUUGUAUCCCAACAUCCAGAAGAAGAUCCAUGAAGAACUAGACCAGACCAUCGGCUGGGAGAGGAGACCGAGGCUGUCGGACCGGGGCAUGCUGCCCUACACAGAAGCCUUUAUCCUGGAGAUGUUCAGGCACUCCUCCUUCCUGCCCUUCACCAUCCCGCACAGUACAACAAAAGCGACAGUGUUGAAUGGCUAUUACAUCCCCAAGGAUACCUGCGUGUUUAUCAACCAGUGGCAAGUGAAUCAUGAUGAGACCCUUUGGAAGGACCCUUCAACUUUCAACCCUGAGCGGUUCCUCAAUGCUGCAGGGACUGAAAUAAGUAGGACAGAGAGUGACAAGGUGAUGGCUUUCGGCUUGGGGAAGAGGCGAUGCAUCGGGGAGUCCAUAGGCCGGUGGGAGAUCUUCCUCUUCUUGACCACCAUGCUGCAGCAGCUGGAGUUCAGCCUUCUCCCUGGGGAGGAGGUGGACAUCACUCCUCAGUAUGGACUGACAAUGAAAUACAAGAAAUGCGAGUGCUUCCAGAUUAAGAAGCGUUUCCCCGUGAAGAACUCAGCAUAAGCUGUGGGAGGACGUGUCGCUUUGCAGAAAGCCAGCCCUUGGACUCAGACACUCAGCCUGCCUUUGCCAGCGCUCUCUGGAAGCCAGCGCAGCCCCUCGCAGUGUUGCUUCACUGGAGGCUUGUUCAUCUCGUGUAAUUGCGAGCAGGGAGGGAUAACGCCAGAUUUGCCGGGCUCCUCGCAGCCCCCCCAGACUGCUCCACUGCCCUUGCGUGCAGGAAAGCUCACCGGGGUCCAGCCUGCCCACCCCUCCUGGGCAAGUCCAGGGGGCCGCAGCCCUGUGGUGGGGAGGGGGAGGCUUUGGGCUGGGAGAAGCAGUGUGGGACAUCAGUAGGGGUGUCCUCAACCUGCCCGGUGCUGCAGGCAGAGCUGGAGUUGCUGUGGGCAACUCCCUUCAUCCACAAAAUGGGAAUAAACCUGCAUGUUCCUCCCCGAGAAACCUGGCCAGCCUUUUUGUGCGGUGGGGAAAGUCUUUAAGCUCAUUUGGCAGAGCUGUUUGCCAAGCCGCUGGCUCCCUGUGCUGGUGGGAAGGGGCUCUCCAGCCGAUGCAGUGGCUCCCUGCGGCAGCACCCAGCCCAAGCGGAGCCCUGCUGGGUGCCACCUCGCACAGCCACAUUCCCUGAAUGUAAAUUCAUUAAAUCAAUACCCAAGUGUUUCUACCAAUCCUUGGUGACGGCCUACUGGGGGGAAAAAAGUUAUAUAUAUUCAUAAGUAGCGCUGCUCGCAAAUUGACAUAUUAGCUAAAUUCCUAACAAGAAGCCUCCUGGAAAAUAUCGAAGGACUCAGAACAAGGGACAAGAUGUAGUAAGAGGCACAGCAGAACACUUCUGGCUUUCAGGCUAUGCAUCUUUUGUUUUGAACUAGUGUGGUUUUAUUUUUUGUUAAGCAAUAGAUGUCUAUACUCAGACAAGUAACAGGAGCACUGGUCUGAGGACCGCAGGGGAUGCGCUGCCUUAUGUUGCAUCCGCUUUAGCCAGCGUGAAGGUGAAUUCUCAUGGCAAACGGAGCAGCAAUUCCUGCUUGUGUGGAAUGCAUCCAUAUGCUGGGAUAUCAACUGCACAGUAUUUCUAAUCCAAUAAAUAUGUAUAUGAAAGUUU